UUUCCUUAUAUAUUUUUUUAUUGUAUUUAGGCCUAAGUUAUCAAAAAAUUGUCAGUCGAAAAAUGAAUUUUGAAAAUCAUGAAGACUUUGAUACGGAUUUAAGAAAUCAGACAAGUUUGUUUAGUGAUAUAACCGGAUAUACGGAAAACAAUUCAGCUGAUUUGGAUGCUAUCCAUGCAUUACGAGAACGUAAAUUUUGUGAAAAGAAUUCGAUUAUCGAUAGGGUAACGCCUUUUCGUGAGGAAUUAAGUGCCAAAUAUAAACGUAGCCUCGCUUAUGUCCAUUUUACGGAACGUGUACCCAAUAUCCUAAUGGAUGUGAUCUGUUUCCUUCAGGAGGACGAGCCACGUUUGAUUCAAGAAUAUGGUGAAUAUGUUCACUUUGAUUUGAAACGAAUCAUUUGGAGUUUAACGAUUUUGCAUCAAGAUAUAUCUGAGAAUCGAUUGCUUACGGUCUUUCAUGGCAAAGCACCGGAUACACAGAGUUGGAAUAAAUUUCUACUCGGCUUGUAUGAGGAGAAAAAUCAAUGGUUGUCCGCUGUCUGGCUACAUGCUGAAUGCUAUAUGUAUCGAAGGAUAUGGGCCAUCUUCAAUCGUUCUUAUACGCUUAAAAACUAUGAUUAUUUUAGUCAACAGAAAAUCUCGGGAGCGAUUCUUUAUAAGGAUCUAAUGCUUAAUGCUCGUAAUUCCACCAAAGGACUCGAGCGUUCCGAGGAGAAUCUUCAGUUUAUGCUACAAUUGUCCUUGUGGGGUAAUCAAAAUUGGGAUUUGAGUCGAGAAGAAGAUAUAUUAACGCUAAUUGAUGAACAAGAACAUAAUUUAUUGGUUGAUGAGUCGGCCAUUUGUUGGCGUCUGUUAACCGAAACAACACUAAAACCGAUUUAUUUAGAUAUCGUUUGUAAUAAUGCCGGAUUUGAACUCUUCGCCGAUUUCCUACUGGCUGAAUAUAUCAUUGAAACUGGUCUAGCUCAACGUGUGCGCUUCCAUGUAAAACCCAUUCCUUGGUUCAUUAAGGAUGCAACUCAAUUGGAUAUCACUUGGCUACUGCGUUAUCUCUGCACCCACGAAUUCCCUCAGUUAGCUGCCUUUGGACGACGUCUUCGUGGCUUUGUGCGUGAUCGUUCGAUCAUAAUUUGUAAGGAUACGAAUUUUUGGACUUCGCCACGUGAAUUUAGUGCCAUGAAGAAAUUGUGUCCCUGUUUGUAUUUAACGCUCAGCGAAGCUUCUUUGGUCAUCUUCAAGGGAGAUCACAACUAUCGUAAACUUCUCGGGGAUAUCAAUUGGGAUUGGGUUACACCAUUCAAAGAUUGCCUAAAGGGCUUUCUGCCUACGAGUUUAUGUGCCUUGCGUCCCAUUAAAACGGAUAUUUAUUGUGGUCUGCCCACUUGUAUGGUCGAAUGGCAAACAGAUGAUAAUCCCAAGUGGAUGACGACGGGCGAAAAGGCUGUCAUACAAGUGGCCAUCAAGUCAAGACCCUAAAACUGACAAUUUUUUGUUAUAAUAAUAAAAAAUUUUUGUACAUCUUA